UUUUAACCAAUCGUCGCUUCCUUUUGCCUUCAGCCCGGUCCUUCCUCUUCCGCCUUGGUCAACUAUCAACAUGGCGCGUGUUCGUACAAAGACCGUGAAAAAAGCUGCUAGAGUAAUUAUCGAGAAGUACUACACGAAGUUGACCCUUGACUUCCACACAAACAAACGUGUGUGUGAGGAAAUAGCCAUUAUCCCCAGCAAGAAACUCCGAAAUAAGAUUGCAGGGUUUGUGACCCAUCUGAUGAAGAGAAUCCAGCGUGGCCCAGUGCGUGGUAUCUCCAUCAAGCUGCAAGAAGAGGAGAGAGAGAGGAGAGACAACUAUGUGCCAGAGGUUUCUGCUAUUGAUGUGGACAUCAUUGAGGUUGAUCCCGACACCAAGGAGAUGUUGAAGUCUCUUGACUUUGCCAACAUCCCUGGCCUGCAAGUUACUCAGCCAAUCAACUCUGUCAGCUUCAGGGGAGGAAACCAGCGUAACUAAAUGUACUGGAGAGUCGUGUAAAGAAGGGGGAAAUAAAAAAAAAUCAGAAAACUA